GUCUUCAUUGAUUACACGUCAAAAUUUCUGCAAAUAUACAAUCGUGCAUCAGUAAAUAAACAAAACAACAGUUGAAAGCUAGUGGAACCUGACAUAUUCAGUCAGAUUAGAUUCUAUCUGCAAUUCAUUGAAAUUUACUGUGGCAUUUUAUUGAUAAAAAUCAAUAUGGCUUGAAAGGAUUUAGGAUAUUAUGAAAGAUAAGAAACUGGCAAGACAUCUGAUACAAGAUGUGGUGGAACCUAAAGCCAGAUUAAUUAAAAAGUCUGUCUGCUCACGUUCAUUUAUUACUCAAUUAGUCAAAACUGGCUGUUUGGUUUUAUUCUAUUACUUUUUCUCUAUCAGUUUGACUUUCUAUAACCAGAGAUUUAUACAUUCCUAUAAGUAUCCAUUAUCUAUCACAAUGUGUCAUUUGAUAGUGAAGUUUGUUAUUGCUGGUAUAUUCCGUUCAUUAUUACAAUGUUAUUCUCAUACACCCAGAGCCACAUUAAACUGGACAGAUUAUUGGAAAAAAAUAGCUCCAACAGGAAUUGCAAGUGUUUUAGAUAUAGGUUUCUCUAAUUGGAGUUUUGAAUUUGUUACUGUUUCAUUGUAUACUAUGUGUAAAUCAACAGCCAUCAUAUUUAUUUUAUUCUUCAGCAUUCUUUUUAAAUUAGAAAAAUUUAGGUGUAGUUUGUUAUUUGUUGUGUUGUUUAUAUCUGGUGGAUUGUUUAUGUUUACCUACCAUUCCACACAAUUUAACCUUGAAGGUUUCUUUAUGGUCAUGUUAGCUUCUUUCUUAUCAGGAGUAAGAUGGACUCUGGCACAGUUUAUUCUUCAAAAGAAAGAAUUAGGUUUACAGAAUCCUGUAGAUAUGAUGUAUCAUAUACAACCAUGGAUGAUGUUAGGCUUGUUACCAUUAUCUACUAUAUUUGAAGGUUUGGACAUAUCUACAACAAGUCGGCUAUUUCGUUAUGAAGAUACUAGUGUUUUACUAACUUCUAUAGGCUUAAUAAGUCUUGGAGCAAUGUUGGCUUUCUUUCUUGAAUUUAGUGAAUUUUUAUUUUUAUCACAUACAUCCAGUUUAACAUUGUCUAUAUCUGGGAUAUUUAAGGAAAUUUGUACAUUAUAUUUGGCAACACAAAUCAAUGGUGAUAAAAUGAAUACAGUAAAUGUACUAGGUCUAUUAAUGUGUUUAUGUGGUAUUACAUUACAUGUUAUUUUACGAGCAGUUUCUAGUAAGUCAACAAUUCUCGCCAAGAUUUGUCUAGUAAGUGCAUGUUGUCAUCAUUUAGUUUCAAAACUGUUGCAUUUACAUAAAAUUUGUCAUUGCUACACAUUUAGUCUUUGA